AGUGGAGUACUGAGAGAAAGAAAGAGGAGGGAGGUAGAGAGGGAGAGGGAGAGAGGCAGAAACAGAGAGAGAGAGAGAGAGAGAGGCAGAAACCGAAAGAGAGAGAGAGAGAGAGAAGCAGCCAGGCAGAGAGGGAGCUGGCGGUCUGGUGGCCUUGCAUAACACACAUUGGAGCAGCCUUGAACGCAGGACUUGGUGUUUGCUUCAGCAGUGGGGGAACUUCCUUCACCGUCAGCCCGUUGCAGGGACAGCCUAGCCUCCAAACCGGGGAGUCCAAAGAGAAGAAGAGAGAGCGAGAGAAGGAGAGAGGAAGAGAGGAAGGCAGAGCUGGAGCAGCAACAGCACAAGCUCCAGAAGAGAGUGACACAAAGGAGAGAUUCAGGAAGAGGAGUCCUAGGAAAUACGUCUCUACCACACAUACACAGACACAUACAGAGGCAGGAAGAAUCCUUGGACAUGCUCUGCAAGCAGUGGCUGUGGAGAGACUGGUGAGCUAUUCUUAGUACUCUAACUAGAGGAGGGGAGGAGGAAGAGGAGGUUGGGGGGGAUGGUUUGUGCCUUUUCUUCUUGGUUUGUAGCACAGUAGUAUUUUAUGCUCUGCUACUACACUCGUCUCGCUGUCAUUGUGAAGCCCUCAGAGGCUACAGUCACAGCGUUUGUCCAGAGUCACAGCUGUAGCUUCCAACAGCAACGACCCUGUUUGUUUGUGGAAAUGCCUGCUGAGUGUGACGCUCGCAUGCACGUCUCCGAGUACGUUAUGUGUGCAGUGUGUGUUUAGCACUGAUGCAGAACUCUGGAGUCAUUGUGAAGACAAACAGCCAAAACCUACUGCCUGUUCUUACUGUCUGCUGUAGUCUGCCACACAGUUGGUCCGCCUCUUAAAGGUACAGGCACCACUUUUGUACAGAGACGGGGCAGUAAAAUGUCUCUUUUGGAUAUUAGAUAAAGCAGUAGGCUGUAUUGAUCUGCUCUGUGGUUAAAGCUGCUAUGGAUGAAAGAGACUUAGGGGAGGUCCUACUUCAAUGCAGCGGCACACACAUAUACGCACGUACAUAUUGUCCUCCAUAGUACCUCCCCCCUCUGUUUCAUGCCAGUGCUCAGAUUGAUAAUGAUGUUUUUGUACUCUAUAUAUAGCCAUUUGCUAUACAGGAUAUUCACUGUGUAUCUAUUAGUGGUGUGGAAGGUGAAACAUGAUGCACAGCAGCAUUGACAACAGGUUUGUCCCCCCCAGGGUCCUUGCACUAGCUUUCUGAAUUCACCUUUUAACAACAAAUGGAGAAGCAAAACAUCAGGACACUCACACAAAAUAAUUUUGUCGCCUUUUUAUCAUCUUGCUGCAUCAUACUGCUGCAGCGAGGUGUUACUGGAACGGUGGAUCAGCGUGAGGACUAAAUAGUGGUUGUGGAGACAUGAAAGAAAACUCAGGCGUUAAGGAGAGGAGGUGGGGGGGACUGGAGGAGCUGGUGACUGCUGGGUAACAGGGAGGAGAUGUAACUCCGCUGGGGGGUCUCUCUCACCUGGAGACAACAGAGAGAAAGUUGGUUGGAAAAAAACAGAAAAGCAUCUCAUCUGGGCUCCAGUGGCUGCUGACAUACAUUGCUACACAAACCUAUUUCUGUGUUUUGUGCAGUGUUUUUUACGUGGGAAGACCAAAGAGGAUGGCAUGCAGGGCUGGCUCUAUCAUUCUGUCUGAGCUGAAAAGCAUCAGAGCGAUGAGCGGUGUGUUGUCAUCCCUCAAUGCAUAUCUCAGAGGUGACAGUCCAGGGCCAGGGGACUGACUGUGUUGUCUGGCUUAGUGUGUCAUGUCUUUAAGGCUUUACCUUUGUUCUCCGUAGAAUCACACGGACCGUAUGUUUGUCACUGUCACUGUUCUAAUAAUAGGUUUCAAAAUCAAGAGAGGCUUUUGGCUGCUGAGUAGUACGUGUGUGUGUGUGACCAUGUGUAGAUAGUGCGAUACACAGGUCAUAUGAGGAGAGGAAAGACACCUUCAAGAGCAUUCUGGUGCACCCUGACUGCAAUGGUGUGUUUUUGUGGCGAUUGAAAACCAGACCAUCCUCGCUCUGUCCGUCUGUGUGUUGCUAGGAUCAUACUCGUGCUUCCGAUGUGAUGUCAUUCCAGUGUUGACACGGUGUAGCUGAGGUGGGGUUGCUGCCACUUAGCGAUGCUGCACAAUGUAGCUCUCGCCGUAGCGGAGGCUGUGUUGCUGAUCGGGGACCUCUCAGCGAGGUGGGGGCUAUGGUGCUCUGAUGCUGCAGGCGCUGCUCAAUGUGGGUCAGGAGAGGCAGUACUCUAUCUUCUACUCCCCAUUCCCCAUUCUCUCUCUUCCUUUUCCUCACUCCUAAUCCCCCCCUCCCUCCUCCAUUUUACUCCCUUUCCUCCUCCUUCUACACAGUUCUAUCUGUCAUCUUACAUUGCCACUCUCCUUCUCCUCCCCCUCACACUCCUCUUUUUCUGUUUCGGUUUUUCUCCUGCUCUGCUGCUCUUCUCUUUUGUUACAUCUGGUCCAUCCGUCAGGCUUUAUUGUUAGACGAAUUGCAUAUUGCACAAGGCUUUCCGAUACAGUGACCUUGUCAGGGCCAGCAUUAGAGGUGGAUGUAUCUAAAUAGAACUGACCAAGGUUGCCUCCUGUGUUUUUUCCCUCUGUCUUUAUGUAACACGUCUGCGGCUGCCUGCUGUAGCUAACCUCCUCUAUGAUUUGAAAACACAAUUCGGUAUUGUGUCAAUUAGCCCAGCUCCUCUGAAUGGAAUUUAGGGGGAGAAAACUGAAUGGAUGGAUGUGUGACAGUGUGUGUCAUACACUUCAUCUCUGUGGUGCCUCUGGCUAAUGAACAACUCAGAGUUCUGUGCACUGACCCACAGAUAAGCCUGCAGGAAAGACCAGCCAAUUUAAAAAGAAAGUGUGAAAAAGCCAAGCAAAGAAAUCUGCACACUGAUGUCACAUGAUAGGACGCAACUCGUAUUGUUCGUGCUUGAUUGUACGUGCACGUUUAAGCCGUCUGAAUGUGCAGACAUGUAAAUUAACAGUAUAUAAACCUGUAUUUUGGAGCCUCCAGUCAAACAUUGAUCAUAUCUUGCUGCUGCUGUGGUCUGUUGACAAAGUAAGGUGUCUCUUACAUCACAAGUUUCGCUAACCAAGCUCGGAAUAAUUAUCUUGAUUCAGCACUCAUUCAACUCUGCCUUCAGUUGGCCUUUCACUAAACCGAACUCUAAGAGGACCUACUCAUUCAUUGUUUGUUGUCCACUUAGCAUUCCCUUGAACUUUGAAACACCACUCAAACCUGGGCUCAGCGGAAGGCCAUUGUUAAAAUAUUUUGAAGCCCUUCAGUGAUCGCAACAAAGGCCUAUUUACGCUUCUUGCAGAAUGUUCCGUAAUCAAAUUUCCAGCCAUAUUGUUUUUUGCUUCAUUUUACUGAAGUGCCCACUGACCUAGAGUUCCUGUCUGGAGGUGGAUGUUAUAUUUACUGUAGUCCCACUGACUCAACGCAAGGCCAGAGUGUGUUAAAACAAAGGCAAAAGCACAAGCUCCUCUGAGGCUGUUACUAUGUGCUGUUAUCCUUCGCUCCGCUCUGCUUUCUUACCCUAGUGCCUGGAGCAAGAUAACAGCCAACAGCAACGCGCAAACACUAACCCGACACACAUAUUCACACACGAACGCACACACACACAUGCACACAUAGAGACAGUUCAGGAAACUCCUGCCGGGUGUUGGAAACAUGAAAGAGCCCUUUUUCUGAGUUGUGUAAAUGGCGACACACUUCAUUGCUCUGUACUUUCCUGUGUGUCAUUGAUCAUUACACACGGAGAGGCAGGCUGAGCUUUGACAGAUUAAGUCCAUGCAGAUUCUCUGGAUCCUUGUCAGGAAAAGGUUGAUCUUGGAGAAAGAUACACAGGCUAUGGCCUACAUGUCAAGUGCAUUAGAUAAACACAAGUCAGAUGCAGUGGUUGUACCUGGUACCACCUUGUGGCAAGAAGAAGAACAACAGCUUCAAACAUGAAAGCAAAUGUUUGGUGUUUGUUACUUUGCAUUUGUAGUGCUGCUGCAACAGUAUGUGUACCUUUUGAGAAAACACAGGCUGUGUUAAUAGUGUGAUAAAGUUAUAAACAAAGUCAUAUCUAUAUGCAGUAUGAAGGGUAUUUAAGUUGUGUAUUACAUGAUUAAGACUCUUCAUAUUACCGUAGUAUCUGAUGUAAGUCCUUCUCUUCUGCCAUCAGAUUCCCGUGGAUGUUGUGGAGGGGGUGGAUCAGUCAGAGAUGAUUCCUCAUGAAAUCUUCGGAGCUCAUUCUGUGAGCCAGAGUGACUCCAUCUUUUCUGAUUCAAGAUCCGGAGCUGUCCACCAGUGAGCGCGAAGAGAGCCAGAGCCACACAGCAACUAGAGAAACCCGCCUCUGGACGUAACCAUCUAAUGUAAGAACGAGAGUGUGAGAAAGACGUCGCCAGAGGAGUUCAGAAGCACUGUCUGGGAAUAUCGAAAUCACACUGAUGCCAUGAAGUCCAACCAGGAGCGGAGUAAUGGAUGCCUACCUCCUAAGAAGCGCGAGAUCUUGGCUCUGGAGCAGAGGCCGGUGGCAGUGGCUGCAGCGACCCCUCCAGUUGCAGUAGUAGCUGAGAGUCCUCAUACGGAGAACUUAGCAUGGCUGGCCAGUGUAGCCAGUGAACGCUGCAAAUCGAGGGAUGCAGAGAGCCCCAGAUGUCCCAUACUCCCCUCUUCAUCCUCGUCUCCUUCCUCCUCUGUCCCUUCUUCAGUUGCUCCACUCUCUGCUGUGCCACUGGCCUCUGUCCCUGCAGUUUACCCAACAGCCCUACCCCAACAGGCUGGGACAAUCCAGUUUGCUCAGCUGGGACCCAAUGUCCAGUUCAUCAGCUCUGGGCCUUACGCAGGCUACCUCUCAUCUCACAUCAUCUCCACAAAUGCCAACUCUGUAUCCAACAGCUCCGCCGUAGGACAGCGUCCCCAGCUGGAUGGUUACACCACCGCCCUCAUCUCCCCCAACACCAAGGGGGAGCAGCAGUUUCAAAUAGCCGUCUCCCCAACUGAACUGACUCCUGUGUCACUCCCGAGCUCCCCCCAUGUCACCAGCCAGUACAUUCAUCUGGACAGCAGGGCUCCUCUGACUGUCAGUGGAAACGCAGUCUCCUCACCCACAACCCACCUCCAGAUUCACCCUCACGCAGCCGUCCUCCCUCAGACACUCACCCUGGCACCUUCUCAGCUGGUGGUCCAGUAUGCAGAUGGUACAGUGGGAAAAAAAGCAGAUGGACAUACCAAGAGUGUGCUGAAUGGAGAAAUGGAGAUGGUCAAACAGACUAAAACUCACAGUCAGUCGGCAAACCAUCAGCAGGUCCAGAGCUAUGAGGCCAGACACAUCCUACUGCCUGCGGACUAUGCCCAAAACCCUGCAGGACUCCAGACCUCCUUGGUGCUGGUUGCUCAGCCAAACCAUGGAGCUGAACGGGAUGCUGGCUCAAAUAAGAUCUCUUUGGUCCAGACUGAGAAAGGAGGCAUCUGUUUGGGAAAACCAGUGUCCAGAUCCUCUUCAUUUACCUCUCUCUCUUCAUCCGAGGUGGUUAAGUCUGUGGCUCCUCAUGCAGUCAUACAAACAACUCUACCUUCUGAGGAGUUGCCAGCCAGUCUCUAUUCCUCCACGCAGCCACCCAUCAUAGGUUAUAUCACUAAUACAAAUCAGCAUGCUGUCAGCUACCACGCCACUCUGCCCCAGCACCUGGUCAUCCCUAGUGGCCAAUCCCUGCUCAUCCCAGUGAGCGGCACAAAUAACGGCACAGAAGUUGAGGUCAGCCGCUCUGUAAGCGCUCUCACUGCCACCACUACCCCUCAAAUAUCCACUGCCAUGCCUCAUGCCUAUCUAGCCACAGCCUUGUCCAAGUGUGAGGCGCUCGGGCCAGAUGGAAACCAACACCCCCCUGCUGUUGCUCAUACACCGGUGCUGCCGGUUCCACCCUCAAACCCAGCUCCUGCUGCGGUGGCAGCUCCCUCCCCGACACCCGCUCCUGUCCCCGCUCCCACUCCAGUCUCCAUCCAAGCCUCCCCUUCCAUCUCCUCCCCCUCCUCUCCCGUGGCGCUUCCUCCAUUCUUUAUGCGAGGCUCCAUCAUCCAGCUGGCUGAUGGGGAGUUGAAGCGAGUGGAGGAUCUCAAGACAGAGGAUUUCAUUCAGAGUGCUGAAAUUAGCAGUGAGCUGAAGAUCGACUCCAGCACUGUUGAGCGCAUUGACAGUGGCCAGAGCCCGAACGCUGUUGUCAUACAGUUUUCUGUGGGAGAGCUCAAAGCCCAGGCAAGUAACUCCUCAUUCAUUAUUCUGGUAAAAUGAAUCAUGGUUCCCUCUCUUUUUGUCCACCCAGGUGAAAUCAAAUUAAGGCUGCACGAUAUUGGAAAAAACUAACAUUGCGAUUUUUUUCAACCCUGCGAUAUAUAUUGCGGUAUUAAAAAAUACAGGAAUUUUCACCAGAUGACCUGAAUAGCAUUUAAUGUUAUGCUGCACCGCUGAAGUCUUGAGGACAGUUAACCUGCACUGAUCUUACCUCUUUUUGUGAAUGUUAGUAGACGGGUUCUGUCUGUCUCAGAGAUAUGUUUAGCUUUUAUUGUUCUGGGACGUUAUUGUGGAAACAGAUAAACACAGAACACGUGUUUUAGUCGACAACAUCCAUCUUGUAACCGUAAUAAUUCCGGAUAACUGACUUUCCUUCGGUUUUCCACCGGUUUUCAUCUUCUGUGGUUUUCUCUGUUUGUUGCUCAGUUUGCGAUCGUUGUUGUUGUUACCGGGGUCCUCCGAGAAUUGCAUGCACCUCACAAAACGCGAACUGCUUGUAGUAGAGUGGUCCACCGAAAUAUACAUUUUAAAACCCAUACAGUUCUUAUUUGUUGGGCUAAACAGUGAUGAGUAAUGUUCCGAAAGUAAUUCUCAGUGGACACGCGUUUCUCGGCACAACUCCGGUAGCGGCAGCGACUCACUCCAUGUGCAGAACAUGUGCAGGGGUGGGUUUCCUCCUCUCUGACUUUGAUUGACAGCUGGCAGGGUAUUCUGAUUGGCAACUGAAAACUGAGUCUGAUUGGCAACUGAGUAAAGGACAAAGGUGAUUGGUGGAUCGCUGCACAGCACAUGCAGAGUCACAUGCAGUGUAUCUCAGUCAGUUACCCUUGAAAUUAACUGAGUUCAUUCACCACAUCGCAGGCUCUGUGAUGUGACUAUUGCGCACACGUACAUCGCGAUGACGAUGCUCAAACGAUAUAUCGUGCAGGCCUAAAUCAAAUUGUAUCUCAAGGUCAUUAUAGGGCACUGGUUUACCUGAGGUAGUAGAGCAGGUGUACAGGGACUAUGGUCUUUGUUGCACUGGUUGAAGAAAUGACCCCUGAUCCUAGCGUGAUUUGGUGUCAGUCCUCAAACGUCACAUCUCCUGUCACUUUGUCAGGCUGCUUCAACCAAUAAAGUCUAAAAUUGUUGUAGAAGGAUUUUUUGAUUAAAAGGCAAACACAUACAGAAUUGCCAGGAUUUCUUUUUUAUUUAACAGAGCUGGAAAAAUACAACAUGAGGAAGCGCCCUUUAGGUGUGCAUUCUAAAGAGAGGACCGUCAUGCCUCUAUUAUGUUUACCAUUAAUGUGAAUGUCACAGACGCGUUAUGAGUCGUUUCACUGCUGAGCCAUCAUUAGAGGUAGUGACAGGCUGAACGGUGUUGCUGUAAAUAUAGGAGCCGCUAGGACAAGGAGUACUGUGUUUAUGUGCUUGUUCACAUGUUGUAUCUUUAGUUUUUAUAUAAGGACACCAGUGUUACAUCAUCGUAGGGUUCAGUGUGUAAGUUAUAAGGUGGAGUGAUGGUAAAGCUCUAGUCCUGCGCUCAAUGUCAAAAAGGUCGCAGAAAACCCGGACAGUCAGUAAACAUGACCAAAAUCAGGACCCCUGAAAUGAAGCGACUAAAUGGGACACAAACUAUCAAAUUCUCAUUCUGUGUUGUGAUUCACAUUUAUCGAUAAGGGGCAGAUUUAAAGGUGGGGUAGGCAGGAUCUGAGGAGGUGCCAGUUUUUGGGAGAAAUCUUGAAUUUAAACACGACCCCUCCCAACCAGUUUUCCCCUCAGCUCCUCCUCUCCCCUCCCUCUCUGCUCCAGCAACAGACGCUCCUGCUGGCUCGUAUCAUUCCAAUUAAAUUCAGAUUUAAUGCAGAUAAAUACUUCCGGUGAAAGUAAACAGCAUUAGUGCUACUGUAGAUGCCAACAGACUACCAGCAAACACAAAGUUAGCAGGACUUCUACAACUAGGAUAAAGUGACAUACUCCAGGACUUGAGGUCAACAGUUUAGCGGCGCUACAACAAGCACCAGUCCCGUUUUACAAGAAACACUUCUUGAGAAACACUUGGCUUACUUUGUUAAAGCGGUUUGCCUGUCCAGCAGAAAGGUUACAGGGUCCAUAAGACCCCGAAGCAUUCCCCAUCAUCUGAAGCAUCUCCCAUCAUUUAUGCUGAUGUUGACCCGGCUUAGCUCUUGUCCGGGUGGUCUACCUCCUUUGUAAGCGCCUGUUACUCAACCAGAGUCUCCGGUAUUUACUUCGUUUUCUUGCUUGUGUCGGCAGUCGUCGCCAAAGGAGGAUUUAGACAAUUUUCCGUACUUUCUGGUUGGUUUCUACUGUCCGAUACUGUAGCGCAAUAACUUUGUUUGGGCUCCUGAAUGACUCGGGGGAGCAGCGUCACCCUCACAACCAAUCAGGUUGGGGGAGGUGGAGAAUGGCUUUGUUUACAGUCAGAAAGAGCGGGCCGCUCAAAAUAUUUAAAAUGUUGACUAUUGUUAUAUUACCAAAAUGUCAUCACUAGCUAAUAGCUAUUGACUGAUAUUAAAAGCUUUUUUGUAAAUAAACCACAAAAUAAGAUGCUUCUUUUACAGAAUCCUGCCUACCCCACUUUUAAGUGCCUUGGCAGCAUUGUAGUAAACAAUCAAGAUGGCUGCUGCUCAAUCCACUAUCCUGUUCGUAAUAAACAAACUGAACAUGUUGUAAGUUAAAUCAUGCCGUGUAUUAUAAUGAUCUACAAGACCCGGUGCAAGAAAAUACCUCAUCUUUGACUUUGUUGAAGUGUGUUUAUAAGCUGCUGUGCCAUGAUAUGAAGUUGAAAUGCCAGAGAAUCUGGUUACUUUGAAAAACCGAUGAAUUCCCAAGGCGCCCAAUGUAAUACAGAUUAUUCAGACUGUCUCGUAUUAAUCCUGGUACAAUUGUGUUUUCUCUGCAGAACCUUCUCUAAUACUUAAGCUAACUUUGUCCGUUGUGUGUGUGUGUGUGUGUGUGUGUCUGUGUAUGGGUGCUCUUCUGCAGGUAUGUGUGGAGGUGCUGGUGGAGUAUCCUUUCUUUGUCUUCGGUCAGGGCUGGUCAUCCUGCUGCCCAGACAGAACCACCCAGCUGUUCGAGCUGUCCUGUGCUAAGCUGUGUGUGGGCGAUGUGUGCGUGUCCCUGACUCUGCGUGGUUUAAGGAAUGGUUCGGUGACUGACAGCCAGUCUUUGGGGACCAAGAUGAAGACUGGCCACCUCUCUGACUCCUGUCAAAACAUGGAUGUCACUGUAGGAAACAGUGUCAGUCCGAGCGCUGCGGGCCAUAACAGCGGCCUCCUCAUGAAGGCCUCCAGCGCAGACAGGCUGGAGAGAGAGCAGGUUACUGGACCAGGACCAGGAGUAGAGCUACCACCCGGAUUGAGAUUAGUUCAAGGACAAGGAGAGGGGAUCUAUGGGAGUGGGCCGCUGCUGGCUGUCUCUGGGACUGGAGAAGUAAGGCAAGAAUCCAUGAACACAGACAUGGCUGCUCUUAAAACACAAUGUGGUAAUCCAGAGAGACCCACAAGCAGAAAGAGACGCUGGUCGGCCCCGGAGCGAGACCAGACUGAGAGAGCUGAGGAGGAGCCUCCUCUGACUCUGCCUAAACCCUCCUUCAUCCCUCAGGAGGUGAAAAUCAGCAUAGAGGGACACUCCAGUACUGGGAGCGACAGAUGCUUGAGAAGAGUAGACUGCUGAGAGAACUUAUGAGGACUAUUUUGAUCACCUGUGGUUUGCUUUGUGUUUAUCUUCUCUCUUUUCUCUCUAUUCAGACAAAUGUAAUAUAGGAGUGUACCCAGUAUCUACAUGCUUUCUUUCUUUAUCUCCUUUCUUUUUGAAAAAAAGUCUGAUGUCUACAAUGAAGUACAAUAGAGCACCUUCAUAUGUGGUAUCACACACGAGGUCAGUGCAAUCAAAGCGAAAGCAAAAACGAAUGCAGCGUGAAUGUUGAGUAUGAAUGGCAGUCAGACACCUGAGAGACAUUUGACACCUGUGUGUCACAUAUCAUAAGCUGGCUUUUCUUCAACACGUGGCUUAAACCUGUUGGAUUCAGAGCAGUCAUUGACAAGCACAUGCCCCGAUGUCAUAGUGUAGUGAGUGGGUAGCCAUAUAUUGACCCUCAUCUUGUUUGUUUGUUGUGUAGUGAUGUUUAGGAGAAUCGAGGUCAAAGACAGAGCUGUGGAGUUAGAAGGAAUCGCUCAGCCAUCAUGGAUGUGAUCUUUGCUGCCUUGUGUACCGAUUACUUUGGGUGUCUAUGUCAUAUGUUUUUUUUUUAUUUCAUGCCAUUACAAAUGAGUGUGCUCCAGCAGAUGACUGUGAGACACUCAACAUCAUGUGUGUUUGUCUCUGUGUGUGUUUUUUUUCUGUCAAAGUGGAGGACAAAAGUGUGUUUGAGUGUUUGUAGUUGUGACCUCAUUGGUUAAGACAGCCUUCAAAUAUCAAGACUGAAAAGGCCUGAAUGUAAAUCCAUGAAUAGUCUCUCUUUACUGAUUCAUGAAGUUGUACAUGUACUGUUAGGUUUUAAUUUGGUUUUCAAGGACACUUGAGAAAAAAAAAUGGUGACUACACAAGAGAAACAGCAACAUCGUCAUCAAAUUUUCAUAUUCGAGGAGGCUUGAUGAAACAAAACCCAGUUAGUUCAACUUUUGUCCUUGUUAUUUGUUUCAGCUGAACCCUGUGGGGCCACAUCUUGUAUUUAUUGAGCUCUCUAUCAUGAUAAAAUGUUAUUGAAAUUAACCCACAAGUCCUGAUUGUUUUCUUCAGUAGGGAUGCUCUGAAGCAACUCGAAACUAAAUAAUUCACACAGAAAAUCAGAUGCAAGGGAAAAAAACUCAGAUAGACAUGAUAUCACACAGUAUGCAGGUAAACAGCGUCAAACUGGUGUGUCAAACAAGGUGAAGAUAAGCAGAGCAUAGAACCACCAGCUUUUGUUUUUCCAUACAGGUUAACGUCCAAAUCUGUGCUGGAUAGUAGAGUAAUAUUGGGUCAGUUGAACCAGACACAACAUGAAUCGAACUUUUACUACAUCGAAAUAAUGAAAAACCUCUCCAUAUAACAGAAUGCCAUUUCUGCCAUUUCUGUUGACAUAUAUAUAUAUAUAUAUAUAUAUAUAUAUAUAUAUAUAUAGUGGCCUGCAGCUACUACCUAUAUAUAUAUAUAUAUAUAUAUAUAUAUAUAUAUAUAGUGGCCUGCAGCUACUACCUAUAUAUAUAUAUAUAUAUAUAUUUAUAUAUAGGUAGUAACUGCAGGCCAUUAAGCCUCCUCGGCUAGUGCCAUGCAGUUGCGCUACAGCUAAGACACAACAAAUGGCAUUGCAUUUUGGGUCUACACAGAAAACAAUAGUUUGUCUACUCAGUUAUUCAGUGGUUUCGUAUUGUAGUGCAUCAUAUCAUAACUUUGGUGUCUGCCAGUGAGGGUUACUAUGUUUAAUAAUUAAAUUAACUUUACAUGUACAUCCCUAUUCAGUGCUGAUCAUAUACUGUGAUUUAUGAGUGGGUUUACAAAGGCCUUUUCACCCAAAACAUCUGCUAACUCCUUUCUAAAAUUUAACUCAAAAUUAAACUGAAAGAUAGGAUAUUUGUAAAUAUUUAUCUCCUCUCAAUGCCACGUGAAGCUCUGAUAUAUUGACUAUAUGAAAAUAUGAUUUAGAGCAACUUAAAAUGCAAACACUAGUAUUAUAAAAAAGAUGUGACAGCAUUUACAGAUUUGUGUAAAAUCACAUCUUCCCAUUAUAGUGACCUAAUCUAUUUCCUUUCUUACAGAGACUAUGGCCUUAAACAUAUGUUAGUAAAACUGGUUCACAACAGCACGUUGGUGGGUUUCACUCUCAAACCCUGUGUCCUCAAAUAUGGCUGUGUAAUAAAGACGCACACAGCUUUCUUAUAGUAAUUUACAUGUCUUUUUUUCAGAGUAAUAGUUAUCCCUUAGUUCAUACUCAGGAACAGUGUGAAUAGGUAUGUGUGAAUGUGUGUGUGUGUAAAUGUGUGUUUUUUAUGUCUGUGAGCUUGAGUCAUUGUGUCCUUAUCCACAGUCACAUGUGAAUGCGUGUGUUCUGAGCAGCAGCACUUUCAUGAAGCAUCCAGCAGGAGUGUGUCGGUGUCCCUGCUCUUCAGCUUUUAGAUUUAAAUAGAAAAAUUAACUGACUGUUUUUCACUGCUUCAUGUCCUGCAGAUUUAUAAAUGAGAGAAGAACAUAAUGUACCAGGGCAGGGAAUGUAAACAAACACGGAGCAAACUAUCUGAAAUUUAUUUUUGAAGACAGAGCUACUAUAGAGAGACGGAAAAGAGACCGGUAGUGUUGACCUUGUACAGUAAAGUGUAUCCUAGAGAGUGUACAGUGUGUGUAUAGAUAUUUUAACCCUAAUGUAGCCUAUGUACUGUAUGUGCCACAGCGCCUCCUUCUUCAGUCAUUCCAUUAACCCAUCAACAUGAAGUGGUCCUGCCUUGUCUGUUUAGGUAAUGAUCUAAUGUUCAUGAAUGUGCUACAGUUCUUCGGGAACAUCUACAUUAUUCGGCCUCCUGAAAUUUUCUAUCAUUGACUUGCACACUGUAACAUACAGUAUGUGUGAAUAUGAACUACAGACUCUCAUGAUAGCCAUUAACCUUUUAUAACUAUGAAAGGUGUUAAUUGUAAACCCCGUUACCAGACUGUUCUCCUCUGUUUGUGUUCGACUGCUCAGGCUUUUAAAAUCACUGCCCAGUGACUGUUCUCCGACAAAAUGGUGUGGUCUUAUACUCUUCACUGUUACAAGUACAGUACUGUUUCAUCACUCUGUCUUUGGUGACAUCUUCUCUCUAUGAGCCUGGCCUGUUUUUGUAUCGCACAUCAUGGCUCAGAUCUAUUAAAAUGUAAAUUUGCUCAAUUGAAAUGAUCUGACAUUUUGGAAAAUAAACUUAUUUCCUUUUUUUUUCUUUUUUGUUAAUAACGGAGAAGGUUGAUACCAGUCUUGAACAGCAGUGGUAAACAUGGGGAUACAGUAAAAAGUCAGUAGCUUGGUAGAAUUCAACAAAAAAACAGCCGGAACAUAUCCUGUUUUUUUUGCAAGUGUAAGAGUGGAAAUUCAGAGAAAUUAUUCUGAAUUUUAAAGACAGAAUUUGUGAUAUUUCUUUAAAUCAAAAGUUUAACUCUUCAAGUACAGAGUACUUCCAGCUGUCUUCAGUUGUAUUCUUGUCUAUUUCUCCAAUAUUUAUAUUUAAUAAACUACAAUUCCCGUUUUUCCCCCACAAUUUCACAUGCAGACUUUCUUGCUAUCCUGACUUUUUUCUCAGCAAGGCCGACUGUUUGUUGAAGAAAGCUUCAUGUUUACUCUAUAGAGAAAGGAGUGGUAUUAAUCUUCUCAUUUAUCUGUCAGAUGAAUAUGUAAUAAGUCAAAUUUGCCUAAAGUUUAAAUAUAUCCUGUACAUCUACAAAGUUAUUGUGGCUGUUUUGAUCUCAGCUCACAUUGAAUCUUGGGAUAGAAAUACUGUGAGCUGCACUAAGUUACCAUCACAAUGUCCUUGCAGAAAUAAAGGUGGAUGAUGUCCUGCACCAACAGGCGCAACAAAAAGUUGUUGAUCAAUUGCAGUGUGUACAACGCACAUUAGUCCAGAGACACAGAUUUAUCAGGCAAAAUAAAGGUUUUACAUGUGAAGGCUUUAUAUUCAAAUGUUUCUUAAUAUUAAUAUGCUCAGAUUUGCCUACAAAUAGGCUUGACUGGGCACUGAAAACAAAACUUUUCAAAGCCUUUCUACAUUAUGUUUAAUACAGUGUACAAGCCCCACCUUGUGGUGAUCUAUGGAAUUGCACUUUGUUGUAUUGCGUUUGGGGUGGGGAGUGUUUUAGUCGAACUAAUACACAGAAGUAAUGUACAGCAUGUCUGAGAUGAACAGUGCGACAUCUCAGUGUUUGUGUAAAUAGCCAAAGUCUUCCAUCAAAAUGUUGACAUGACCUUGUUGCCAUGGAGACGAUAAACACUGAUCCCUAUGUACAGACCUUUAAAGUAAGGUUCAUUUCUGAGAUGCCCGAUCAUUUAUUUGACAAAAACACAGGUUAUUGAUUCCCACUGAGACAUUUUCUUUUGCACCAUUUCAGAAAAAGGAAAUUAUGGGAGUAAAAGACUUCAAAGAAAAAAAAAAAGAUUUUGUAAUUUGAGGCUGUAUGUUGGAUAAUCUCAGCUAAGAUUCACAUUGUCCUACGUAUAGUCUGUAGUGAGUAUCAAUAAUGUCCCCUUAUUUUGAUGGUGUUGAGGUUCGCUAGUCAGAAACAGUUAAAUCUUGACUUCAAAUGUUUGGUUUUACAUUUGAUCAAAUAUAUCAAAAAAAUAAAGAGUCCAAAGAAAAGAAUCCACUAUUUAUGUGUUUAUUCUUUGCAUGUAAGAAUGUGACUUUGAUAAAUGUCUCUAUUUGAGGUCCGCCUGAUAACAUCCUCACCUCUGCUCUGCUACGUGGGAGACUACUUUAUAAUCUGAAAAUGAUAACAAACACAAACCAUUGGGAGGAAGUCAUUUUUGAGUAUUUUGCUUUGAAAUAAGCAGCGUUCCUGUGGCUUUCAUAUUUUUAAUUACUUAGUUUUUGUCUUGCUAAUUUGGAUGGUGCUUGAAUAACUGCAGAAUUACAGACAGCAUUUGGAGUCACACGGUUAUUAAAAAAAAAGGACUGAUCUUAUAUCUGCUACAGCCUAAUCUACACAUUAAUGCACUCAUGCAUAUUUUAUACCCCCAAAAGGCUUCAUGUUGUUUUGUGCUUAAGCAGUUUGACCUUCGCCGACGACUCUUUUU